UUUUUACCAGGACGUGAGCAGCAGCUGUCCGCUGGCAUGUCAGUGGGAGCGUCACAGUGGUGAUACAGGGGUUCAGAAGUGAAUCGAGGCGGCUGUGUGCAGUUUGAUCCAGGAAGGUUUACCCUCACUGUCUCUGGCCCGUUCAGGACUUGCAGCCCCACCAUGGCGGAUCAGUACCAGUACAACACCAACGAGGAGAAGAUUGUGAAGGACAGCCACACCAAGGAGAUCGACCUAAUUAACAGAGACCCCAAGCAGAUCAAUGAGGACGUGGUGAAGGUGGAGUUUGAGGAUGUCAUUGCUGAGCCUGACGGUACACACAGCCUGGAUGGAGUAUGGAAGCUCAGCUACACCACCUUCACUGUGUCCAAAUACUGGUGUUACCGCAUCUUGUCUGCUGUCUUCGGUAUCCCUGUCGCUCUGCUCUGGGGCUUCCUGUUUGCCUGCAUCUCCUUCUGCCACAUCUGGGCCGUGGUUCCCUGCAUCAAGAGCUGCCUGAUUGAGUCACAGUGCGUCAGUCGCAUCUACUCUCUCUGCAUCCAGACCUUCUGUGAUCCCUUCUUUGAAGCCCUGGGCAAGAUCUUCAGCAGUGUGCGCGUAGCACUGCGCAAAGAAGUCUAAGAACUCACACAGUAGUGUUUAUAGUAUGAUUGGAUGAAGUGUGGUAUCUUUUUAUACACCAGAAGAUCAGUCCUGGCAUCUUGCUUACUCCCUGAUACUCCUCCUUCUCCCUUCCAUAACAUGCUGCUCUCCACCCUCCCAUCCUCAAGCCCUCAGCUGUGAGUCCUGACAUGCCCGGUGUGCCUUUUGCCACCAGAAGCUCUGUGACAGCUGCAGCAGGCGGCGUGGUUCUGUGACAGCUCUGGCACUCCUGAAGGGCUCCAUGCUCCUCACUAAGGGAGAAGAGGGCCGCCUGCCACGAGGAGAAUCUGUCUGCCCUCAUUUACUUGUAUAACAAAAAACUCAGAUAGUGGCUAUUCGUUCACAACAAAUGAAAUUAACUCCCCCAACACUGCUGCACCUGUGGACAGUGCUGCCUGUAUGCAUUACAUUUACCUAUUCUUAAGUUACAUUGAUGCUGUACGUUGCUGUGUCCAGUCUGUUUUACUUCUUAUUGAUUGAAUUUGACACAUAUAUAUGUGUGGUGUACACUUCACAUUAUUAGAAAAAAAACCCUAACAGAAUGAAAGGAAUUGAAAAUGUUUUCUUAACGGAAUUACUUUCUCCAAAAUUGUCUGAUUUCUCUAUGUACUCAAAAAUUAUAUUCUGAUAUGUUUCCCUCUUAAUUUGUGAUGACUCCACGGUAACUAAGAGACUUUUUGGAGACUUGCAGAUGUACAAAAUAUUUCUGGAAACAGCCAUGUAGAUAAUCUAAUUCUAAAAAUGUAUGGACCUAACUAUUGAUGGCGCAAAGUAAAGACCUCUCUGUGAGACCCAUUUUAAUAUUCUGCUAUAUCUUUUUGGUUUGGAAGAAAAGUAUAAUACCUUUGCUGCUAUUGUGUGUCUGCGGUGUAUAAAAAAAUAUUCAUGGGCUGAAAUUGAUUUAAGGCCACUUUACAAUUGCUGAAACUGUCCCUGUGAUAAGUAUAUUGCACCACUGGUUCAGUGUUUGAUUGAAAAUACAUUAUGUGUGUUAUUUUAAAUCUUUCUGAGAGGCUUGAGAGAAACAUUUUUAAGAUUCAUCAAACAUCUUCCCUCAGUCAACCUUGAGGCACUGACCUGGGAGCUGUGACCCACUAGAGGUUGCUGUUGUAUAUCUUUCAUGUGCUUCUCUGUUGUGUCUGAGAUCCAUUAUUGAUGAGUCAGUUUCACCACACCCUUCCUUGUUUAUAACCUCAGUGUGUUUCUUUCUGGUCAAUUCCUUUUAGUCCCUUAUUGCACUAAAAGUGAUAAAAAAUGUACAGUCAGAGUUUAUAUGUGUAGAAAUAGCACAUUGGCUUAAAGCAUAAUUCUGAUUAAUGAACUGUAUUAAACAGUGUAAUUAGUGUGCAAGAGUGAUUCAUUUCGCAGGUUAUGUGGCCAAAUUUCAUUAAAAAAUAACAUUAAGCUCUUCGGUCAUUUUCAUUUCAGCACAAUGUGGGCAAUAAUAACUAGAUGAUCAAUUAAUCCGAAAUAACAUUCUCUACAUGGACUACAUAUUUUAUUCAAAUGACUAAGACAUACAGUACAGGUGUAUCUGAAAAUUCAGAACCAUAUAUGUCGGCAGGUUAGAAAUGCACAUUGAUGAGAAAUCAAACAUUUUAUCCUCAAAAGGAAGUUUUCAGAUUAAACAACAAUUAACUAAUUAUUCUAUUUCUAAACAAACUGAGCUCAGAAUCUACAAUACAGAGACAGUGAAUGUAUAGAAUUAAUGUAUUUGUUGUAACUAAAGUACAGCGAAUUCCCCACAAACACAGAUCUCACAAUUUUAUUUAAUUAUUUUCUUCUUUUCCCUUUCUUUUUUUUUUGCCUUGUACAAUUACAGACACAUAAAUUGCCCCUCCACAGUUAUUGGCAUCUUACUCAUAUUCUCUGAGAGUGAAGUCCAUAGCAAAGGUCUUGUUGCCUUUGAAAGAUUUAUGUAACAGAAUUUCUCCUGAUAUAGUGUUUUCCACUGAAAUAAGAUUGUCUUCUGAAAGGUCACAGUGUUAAGACUAUAAAUAGAAUAGAAGUAUGAAAUAAAGAGUAUACUGUGGCAGCACAGUUGUUGUUUUCAAAUAAAGUAUCAUUUUUGGCACUUUGUCAAUUAA